AUGGUAAACAUCAUAGAAGCCGAUCGGGAAGCGGCCCCCUCAGACAGUUCAGAGGAAGCUGAUAUCCUGGACCUGAAGGAUGAUGAAGGCUGGGAAGACCAGGAGCCAGAUGUGGAGAAGAUUGAGGUGUUUUGUUUAGGGUGCUCACAAACAUUUCCCGACGCCCAGUCCAUGCUGCCACAUUGUCGAGAUACCCACAGCAUUGAUAUUGUGAAGGUUCAGAAGACACUGAGACUCGACUAUCUCGAAAUGAUCAAGAUGAUUAAUUUCAUCCGCGCCGAGGGCAGAGCUGUUGGUCGAUGGCCACCGGAUCUGUCAUCAAAAGACGCCUUUCAGUCCGAGCAUUGGUUGAUACCACAACUUGAGGAUGAUGCUCUUCUGUACAGCUUGCACGAUGUCAUAGGGGAGGAUCUUGAAGACGAAUUGAGCGGUGUGACCUUUGGAGUUGGUCAAAUUGAAGUUGCCCAACCACCACAACGUUCUUACAAUCUAUCGAGAGAUCCGAGACCUGAUAAUCCGAUAUACAGAAUUGCAGAGAUGGAACAGAGAGUGAAAAGCGCCCAGAAAGACCUUGAACAACAUAAGCAAUUACUCAUGGGCGACAUGGAAUUGCAUGGUCGGCUUCACAAUGGCUUGACUCGAGAGGAAGCCACAUUAGAAGCUCACAAUAGCCCGCAGGACGUUCAAUCCCCUGACACAGAGAAGGGUUCAUGUGGGAACACCUCAAAAGUGAAUGGAGACACAGAUUCCAGUUACUUCGCGUCAUAUUCCGGCCAUGAUAUACACGAAACCAUGUUGAAAGACACAGUUCGAACAGAUGCUUACAGAGAUUUCAUAUAUGAAAACAAAGAUCUUUUCAAGAACAAGACUGUACUAGAUGUUGGAUGCGGGACGGGGAUAUUGUCUAUGUUCUGCGCGAGGGCUGGAGCAAAAAGAGUAAUAGCGGUGGACAAUUCGGAUAUAAUCAACUUUGCCCGAGAGAAUGUUUAUAGAAAUGGAAUGGGGGAGACAAUCACAUGUCUGCGAGGAAAGAUUGAGGAAGUUAUACUACCCGUAAAGACUGUCGACAUCAUCGUCUCUGAGUGGAUGGGUUACUGUCUACUCUACGAAGCAAUGCUGGACUCUGUGCUUUGGGCCCGGGAUCACUACCUUGCUCAUUGGGGUCUUAUGGUUCCCUCACACUGCACACUCCGCAUAGCGCCCAUGGCCGACUCAGAAUACAUAGGCGACCAUAUUCAUCACUGGAAAAACGUUUAUGGCUUCGACAUGAGCAGUAUGUGCAGGGAUAUCUACAAGGAUGUCGUAAUCAGAGAAGUUGAAGACUCUGCAGUCCCAGCAGAAUCAUCUCCAUUCUUGCAGCUAUGUUUGCGGACUACCAAAAAGGAAGAGCUCAUUUUCGCGAGUAAAGCGUUCUCAUGUACGCUGAAAGCAGACAUGGAAGCCUUGGAUGGCUUUGUCAUAUGGUUUGAUACCUUCUUCGUCCAAUCUCCCUAUUUUCGAGGUCCUGCAGAAGGCAAAGCGGAAGAAUACAUUCGCCAGGGUGGGCAGUCAAUUGCAUUCACGACAGGCCCGCAUGGAAAGCGAACGCACUGGCAGCAAGGCUGUCUUCUCAUCGAUCACAAAGGGAAGACGGAGGGGACCCUUGAGAAGGGACAGAUCAUUAGUGGUACUGUAGGCUAUGAAAAGAGAGAAGAUGACAACCGCGCGUUGGAUAUCAAGGUCCAAUGGCAGGUGGACAAUAGUCAAGGGAAAGUGAAAGGCAAGCAGUCGUGGUCGAUGCGUUGA